AUGCCGAAGACGCAUAUGGGAUGGGCCAAGAGGAGCAUCGAGAAGGAGAAGCACAAGCAGGAAGCUGAGAAGCAGAAGAAGUACGAGGAGGAACAGAUGAAUGAAAUGAUGAAACAUCAACAAAUGAUGUUCAACCAGAUGAUGGCGUCCAUGCCGCCCUCCAUGGGUAAUUGGAUGGGUGACUGGGGUGGCUACGAGGGUGACUGGAGUGGUGAUUGGGACUACAGCGAAGGGCCUGGCAGCUACUUGGCUGCAGGGCAGGACCGAAGACAGAAGAUCAAUUUGUGCUAA